UACAAAAACUAUAUGACAUAGUCCAUAUCUAUUGGCUAUCUCGAAUGGAGAACAAAGAGAAUGAAGUUAACCACAACGUUUAUCUCAGUUUCGACGGCAAAGAUUCAUGCGUAUCCUCUUUCAUCAGCUACCUCAACCUUGCUUUCGAGCGGCAAGGAAUCUAUGCGUUCCUUGACGGCAAAAACAACGACCAUGAUGAAGCAGCGGAGAUAGAGAGCGAAUCAGAACGAUUCUGCAACUUAAGAGCAUUCGUGGUAGUUUUCUCCAAAACGUUUCAUAAGUCAAUCUUGGAGAAGUAUAAUAAGCACCCAUGCUGUGACAACGACGACUUUGUGGUGGUUCCGGUGUUCUAUGGCAUCAGUAUAGCAUCCGUGAAGGAACAUAUUAAGAAUCUUGGUGCCCUCCAAAGAUUGAUGAUGAAGUGGCCACAUGGCCAUGAAUAUGAUGCUAAACGAAGUGAAUAUGAAUUCCAAGAAGAUAUAGCCAGGGAUGUAUUUGAGAAGCUCUAUCCAACAGAAGAGAUUGGGAUUUACGAGCGGCAACUAGAGAUAGAAAACUUGCUAUGCAAGCAACCAUGGGCCAUUUACACUUUAGGAAUUUGUGGUAAGCAUGGCAUUGGUAAGACGACUCUCGUUAGAGCCAUCUUUCGCCGAAUUUGUAGUGAUUAUGAUGCUUCUUGCUUCAACAAAGACUUUCAAACAGGAUAUAAUGGCAUGGGACCUAAGUCUUUAUCUCUUGAAUACUUGAGUGAGACUCCAAUGGAAACGUUUGGCCAAAGUAGUUCGGAUUCAGAGCCAACCUACCGCAAGAAAAGGGUUAUUGUUGUUUUAGACGAUGUGCAAAAAGUUCAAAGCGCAAAGUCAUUUCUUGGUGGAUUUGAUAAGUUUGGUCGAGGGAGCUUGAUCAUCAUAACAUCCAGAGAUAGAAAAGUUCUUGAACAGUGCCAGAUGAAUGAGAUAUAUGAGCUUAAAGGUCUAAAUGAUAAAGACGCUUUGAAGCUAGUCACAAGGUAUGCCUAUGGGAAAGAUGUUAUAGAAGAAAAUCAUUUGGAGUACCUUCCAAUGAUUAAACGCUUUGAUGGGAACCCACUUGCUCUUCGCAAAUAUGCCGAGGAGCUUAAGGGCCAUGCAAUGGCAGAUAUGGGACCUUUGUUGCCUAAUGUUUCAACAGUAUUCAUGAACAGCCAAGAGUUAUCUUGUGGUGAGGUUGAGAAGCAAACAGAUACGCACAUCUCCUAUGAAACAGACCAUGAAACGCAACCAAAUAAGGGGUUCUCAUCAGAUGGCGAUGAUGUUCAGGCAAAUUUAGAUACAAAAACCAUACUUGUGCCAUCAUCAGAGUUGUACACUGAGCGCAAAUCUCGAUCUCAAACUCAAAAGAACCCAAGAUUUGGCCAUUACUGUAACCGCAUCUCAAAGUCUCUAAGGGUUUACAGAUUGGAUUACCUCUCUUUCGAAUCAUUGUACAAACACCUAAAUCGACUUUGGCUAAGGUUCUCGAAAUCACAGGACGACGUCAAUCAGCUAGAGCAUCGUCUCCAAGUUCUACUUCAUCGCUCUGGUGGUAGCAUUGUUAUCAGACGUCUUCUUCAAUUGGUACAGACGUAUAAGCAAGGGAAUCCUAAAACUUCUUUAGUUUUAUAAAAUUGAAGAUUCAACUUAAAUCACAAUUAGCAAAGAAAAAAAAAAAUCAUGUUACUUGUUUGUCUAAUAAUUAAAAAAAAAAAAAAACAUGUCCCUAAUCGGGAUAUCACUAGAAAAACAAUCUGGAAUGUUGUAAUAAAUGUGUAAAUAUGUAUAUAAGAUGUAAUAAAUGUGUAAAAAUCA